CCCUACGUGCACGAGCACGCGAAGGCGGUGGCCCCUCCCUGUCGUAGGCCCAGCAGCUCCAUCCUUUUUUGCUUUUGUCCCAAGGAUUAGCUUCGAAAACGGAGGAUGCGAAGCGCGACCCCCCCGCUCGGAAUCGCGAGCCUCCGGAAUUCGUAACAGACCUUCCUCCCCAGGAUAUGAAGUUCAUGGAUAGUAAUAAAGAUGGAUGAAUGAGACAAAUCUACAGUGACAAUCCUGCACACUCAAGUUUCUCAAAGAAGAUGAAUUUGGCUGAGAUUUGUGAUAAUGCUAAAAAAGGAAGAGAAUAUGCACUUCUUGGAAAUUAUGACUCUUCCAUGGUUUAUUACCAGGGUGUCAUCCAGCAAAUUCAGCGGCAUUGUCAGUCGAUCAGAGACCCAACAUUAAAGGGCAAAUGGCAGCAGGUUCGGCAAGAAUUAUUAGAAGAAUUUGAACAAGUAAAGAGCAUUGUCAACACUUUGGAGAGUUUUAAAAUAGACAAGCCUACAGAUAUUCCUGUAUCUUAUCAAGAUGAACAUUUUAGAGAUCCAACUGUAUGGCCACCUCCUGUUCCAGCUGAGCACAGAGUCCCACCUCAGAUAAAACGACCCAAUCGAGAAGUGAAACCUCUGCGGAGAGAAUUGCCAGGAUUACAACGGGGACCUGUGGGCAGAGCUCAACCAAUAUCAAAAAAUGAAAAACCUGCCAGUAGUCGAGAGAGGGAAUCUAGAGCAAAAGGGAAAGAUGAAAAGGGAAAGAAGAUCCCUCAAGAUGGUGGUGGUGACAGUGAAAUUCAGAAAUUUGAUGGAACAGGAUAUGAUAAAGACCUGGUUGAAGCUCUUGAGAGAGAUAUUGUGUCAAGAAAUCUAAGUAUUCAUUGGGAUGAUAUAGCAGAUUUGGAAGAAGCCAAAAAAUUAUUAAGGGAAGCGGUUGUUCUUCCACUAUGGAUGCCAGAUUUUUUCAAAGGAAUCAGACGACCUUGGAAGGGAGUGCUUAUGGUUGGCCCUCCUGGGACUGGUAAAACCAUGCUAGCAAAAGCUGUGGCUACAGAAUGUGGAACUACAUUUUUCAAUGUGUCUUCCUCCACUCUCACAUCAAAAUAUCGAGGCGAGUCUGAAAAGUUAGUUCGUUUGCUGUUUGAAAUGGCCAAGUUUUAUGCACCUACAACCAUUUUCAUUGAUGAAAUAGACUCUAUCUGUAGUCGCAGAGGCACUGUGGAUGAACAUGAGGCAAGCCGCCGAGUCAAGUCAGAACUGCUGGUUCAGAUGGAUGGUGUAGGUGGAGCUUUGGAGAAUGAUGAUCCUUCAAGAAUGGUGAUGGUGCUUGCUGCUACAAAUUUUCCCUGGGACAUCGAUGAAGCUUUGAGAAGGAGGCUGGAGAAAAGGAUUUAUAUACCUUUGCCAACAGCAAAAGGCAGAGUGGAGCUGCUUAAGAUUAAUCUUCGGGAAGUUGAACUGGAUCCUGACAUUAGUUUGGAAGAAAUUGCUGAGAAGAUUGAAGGCUACUCUGGUGCUGAUAUCACUAAUGUCUGCAGGGAUGCCUCAUUGAUGGCGAUGAGGCGACGCAUCAACGGCUUGUCACCAGAAGAGAUCCGAGCCCUCUCUAAAGAAGAGCUUCAGAUGCCUGUCACCAAAGGGGACUUUGACUUGGCUCUGAAGAAAAUCUCCAAGUCAGUUUCAGCCGCAGAUCUGGAGAAGUACGAGAAGUGGAUGUCAGAGUUUGGAUCCACUUAAUCCUGGAGACAACUCUUUAUGAAGGAUUUUAGAUUUUCAAUUAUAAAAUGUUGGAAGGACUUUGAAAUGUUUUGUUGUUG